AUGGACGUGGCGGGAGCAGAGCGCCGCAGGCCCACUCCGGUGCAGACGCCCGAGGAGAGGGACGUGUGGAAGGAUGGAGGGAGAGCCGAAUGGAGGGAUGUAGGCAGGGAGGGAUGGAGGGACGGACGGGAGAGCGGAGUGGUGCAGAGCUACAGUUUUGACUCCUACCAGCUUGAGGAGGAAGAGAUCAGCAAAGACGUCCCAGAGAGAGGAGUUCUGGCGCUGUCUGAGCCUGACUUUGAGGAGCUGAUCCCUGACGACCGUUACCAUGGCAUCUACUUUGCAAUGCUAUUGGCUGGAGUCGGGUUCCUGCUGCCCUACAACAGCUUCAUCACCGACGUGGACUACCUUCACCACAAGUUCCGAGGGACGUCCAUCGUGUUUGACAUGAGUCUGACGUACAUCCUGGUGGCCCUUUUGGCCGUCCUCCUCAACAACGUGCUGGUGGAGAGGCUCAGCAUGCACACCAGGAUCACUGUGGGCUACAUUUUAGCGUUGGGUCCUCUGGUGUUUGUCGGCGUAUUUGAUGUCUGGCUGUCAAAAUUUACUACCAGGCAAGCCUACAUCAUCAACCUGGUUUCAGUAGGGGUGGUCGCCUUUGGAUGUACAGUGCAGCAGUCCAGUUUCUAUGGUUACAUGGGGAUGCUGCCCAAGAGGUACACGCAAGGGGUGAUGACUGGAGAGAGCACUGCCGGCGUCAUCAUCUCCUUGUCUCGGAUCUUCACCAAGCUGCUGAUCCAAGACGAGAGGAGGAACACGGUCAUCUUCUUCCUCAUCUCCAUCGGCAUGGAAAUGCUGUGCUUCCUUCUCCACCUGCUGGUGCGUCGCUCCCGCUUCAUCCGCUACUACACCAGCCACGGGCAGGGAAAAGGCCCGGGCAAAGGUCACGACCCGCACGGCAACUCCACCGGCUACAGGGUUCAUCAUGACGUCACUGCGGAGGAGGUUAAAUUUGGAAACGGUGGAGUGGGGCCACCCACAACAGAAGAUGCCAUUGAAGACUUUGCCGGUGGGGCGUACGUGAGAUUUGAUGCGCCUAAAAUCAAGAUCAGAAGAACCUGGCCUGGUGUCCGCGACAUGAUUCUUCACCGCUACGUGGUGUCCCGUGUGAUUUGGACCUACAUGGUGUCCAUAGCGGUGACCUACAGCAUCACCUUGUGCCUGUUCCCCGGCCUGGAGUCAGAGAUGAGGAACCCCACCUUAGAGGAGUGGCUGCCCAUCCUCAUCAUGGCCACCUUCAACAUGUCGGAUUUUGUCGGCAAGAUUCUGGCAGCGCUGCCCUACGACUGGUCUGGAGGUCGCCUGCUCUUCUUCUCCUGCCUGAGAGUGGUCUUCAUCCCUCUGUUCAUCAUGUGCGUGUACCCGGCACACGCCCCCACCCUGGCCCACCCCGCCUGGCCGUGUCUCUUCUCCCUGCUCAUGGGCGUCACCAACGGCUACUUUGGGUCGGUGCCCAUGAUUCAGGCGGCUGGCAAAGUGGCGCCGGAACAGAGGGAGCUGGCAGGCAACGUGAUGACGGUCUCCUACAUGACGGGCUUGAUGGUGGGCUCCGUGGUGGCGUACGCGGCUUACAGCUUCACCGCCCCUCCACAGUCGGGCUUCUUCGCGCUCAACUUACACGCCAACGCGACGGGAUUCUGAAUGUCGUCACACCAGCGGCGGGAAAAGGUGACGUUCCCCCAUUUCAAGGAAGCGAUGUAGCAUCACGUUCAGCAUCAUGCCGUCCUCCAGCCAGGAUGAGUGAAGAAUUCAAGGAUGUCAAUGGGAACUCCCCCCACCCCCACAACUCUUCAGUGGUGGUCCUUCCUCUGGAGGCUUUCAAUGUCAAAUGAUUUUCUACGUACUGGCAUUCGUUCACUACUACGUCUUUUUUGUGUACCUGGGGAAAGUUCGUGGCCACGGUCCCUUGAAUGCACCAUUGAAAACAAUUUCGAGAUGAUUUAGGUGAAAUUGCCCUGUGUUGAUCAUGUGGGGGGAUUCAAAUACCGUAAUUCCCGGCCUACAGAGUUACAAGCCUCACUGAGUAAAUUUGUAAAGGAAAUACCAUUUGGUACAUACAGUAUAUACGCCGCACCUGUUUAAAGCUGCGAGUGCUCACAUUGAAACCCACAUUGUAAAUAUCUCGUGUUUCAAAGAAAGACGGUACACAGAAAGAGUUUAACGCUAGUGCUAAUCCUAGCACCGGGCUAAAGCUAGCGCCGUGCUACUGCUAACGCUAAGAGGGCCAGUUAAAAUAAAACUUACCGGUA